AUGUGGACGGGGGCGCUUAAGGCGCAUCAACACCUGCGUACCAUGCGGCGUUGGAAUGAAGCGCGUGUUGGGGUUGGUCAGGACGGCAUGGUGAGCAAUGAGCGGCGUUGUGAGGGGGGCGAGGAUAAUGAUAGAGCGACGCAUGCCACAUCUCAUGCACACAUCAGCAUUGAGUGUGACAGGGGGGUAAUGAAACGCUCACGGGAUGUGGCGACAGAAGGUGAUGGUAAUGAUUCGGGCAGUCAAUUGACUCCGCUUCUCGUGGGAUUUACGGGUAGCGCAUCCGUGACGGAAGAGAGAGGCGUGAUGGAAGAAGUCGGUGAUGAUGGUGCGGCCCACAAUGCAGUGGAAAUGGUGUCGCAUUCUACCGAGGUUGCAGUGUGUGAGGUGAUUGUCUUGGAUGAUGACAGUCAAGGCGCUGAGCAAAGCAAUGUAUUGUCGUCGAAGAACUCCACUCCAGCGUCUUAUUCGGGGAAACUAGAGCAACUACUCAACUCGGAGAAAUCUGCACUGGUUUCCUCAACAACUAGUGGAGAAUCACCACCGUCUAUGAAAUUAUCCACGGAGCAGCAUCAUGUCUUUGAUCUUGUUGUAAAGUAUGGCCGAUCUGUUUUUCUUACUGGAGGUGCUGGCACGGGUAAGUCCCACCUUCUUCGAGCUAUUAUUGAAGCAUUGCCGCGGUCUUCUACCUUUGUUACCGCCACCACUGGAAUUGCAGCACUUAACCUUGGAGGAUCCACACUUCAUAGUUUUGCUGGUUGCGGCAUUGUGGACUUUCAGACGCACAGUGCCGAAGAUGUGUGUGACACGGUGCGUAGCAAGUCAAGGGCAAAGCGAAAUUGGCGAUUCUGCAAGGUGCUGGUGGUGGACGAGGUGUCCAUGAUGGACGCCUGGUUCUUUGAUGUUCUCGAGUACGUGGCACGAAAGAUUCGAGGGGAUAAUUCGCCUUUUGGCGGCAUUCAACUUGUUUUGGCUGGCGAUUUUCUGCAGCUUCCACCUGUGGUGAAGCAUAGUGGACAGGAUCCACGUUUUUGCUUUGAGUCGGAGGCGUGGUGUCGUGUCAAUCCACGUGUUUGUAUCCUCUCGCAGAGGUUUCGUCAAAAUGAUGAAGGUUUCUUUAGGAUGCUAAAUGAAAUUCGCUGUGGGGUACUCACGGCAGCGUCGCUUGCGCUUUUGGCUUCCCUCUCGUCGACCACGACGGUGCGGUUUGUGCAGGAGGCGACCAGGGACGUGAGGGCAGAAGGCGUUAUUGAGGGCACGUUGGGGACGUCGCCACCCUCCCUGCUCACUGCCAGGGAUGUGGUGGACAGCCGUGGGCGUACAAGAGCUGAGCGCUACGACGGCUUCAGUAUUCUUCGCGCCCGCCGGGCGGAGGUGGACGCCGUGAACUCUGAGCGAUUUAAUGAAUUAAAGACCGAGAUUUUUUCUUAUCAAGGGUUUCACUGGGGCGAGGGAAAAUACCCGGCGGACCUCCCGGCCGUUGUUUCCGUGCGGAUUGGCUGUCGCGUGAUGCUGCUGAAAAAUCUUGACGUUUUUGUGGGGCUUGUGAACGGCAGCGUCGGCACCGUCGAGAGUUUCAUUGACAUUCGUAAGGUGCGUGACUUUUCGAACAAAACUACACCGGUAGAUCUCCGUAAUAUGGCAAAACACACUUUUCUGCCCGUGGUGAGAUUUGACACGUGCAAAGACAACGGUAGCAAGGACAGUGCCUGUGGACGUCUCGUCAUGGUUGAGCCUCACCGAUGGUCUGUGCUUCAGGGCGACAGGGAGGUGAGCUACAGUGUACAAAUUCCUCUGCAACUCGCGUAUGCAAUUACGAUACACAAGUCACAGGGAAUGUCUCUCUCGCGUGUUAAUGUGGAUUUCAGGGGCAUCUUUGAGGAGGGACAGGCGUAUGUGGCACUUUCACGCUGCACAGACUUGAAUAGUCUUGUCAUUGAGAACUUUGACGCCCACCGUGUGAACCCCAACGCAAAGGCUUUGGCCUAUUACAAAGCACUGGCAGACGCGGUGGAAGCGGAGGAAAAGGCAGAAAAGAAAAUGCUGCACGCUCGUCUCCGCCACCCGUGGGGAUAUAACGACCUGGAUGAUAAUGAUAAUGAUGAUGAUGAUGGGGAUCAGGAGGAUAAUCAGAGCCACAGCAGGAUCCAUUCUGAGGCUGCCCGUAAAAGGAGGAACGUGGCGGAUGUCGUGGAAGAAGUCCGUCAGCGCAUUACGCCAUCUUAUAUUUUAUGGUCAUCUUUACGGCAGCGUGUUUUAUCCACCGCUGAACUCGCCUCAUCUGUACAUGGAGCACUACUUGUGAUGGACACAACGUCCUUACUUGCCUUGGGGAGUUCUCAUAAUUCUACGGCACUCUACGAGAAGGUAUUUGUUAAGAACCAAAACAUGAUGCGAGUGCCGCGGUUGGUGAAGGAGGAACUGCUGCGCACGGCUUCCGUUAGUGGGGUUGAAGUUCGUGUGACUCCGACAGUGUGUCUUAGCUUUAGCAGCCUGCGCUCAAAUUCACCUGGCGGCAGUUUUGUCCACGAGGCAGCAGAGUUGGCUGCAGGGACACUCUGCCUUAUGGAAGACGCAAAAAAUGAUUUUGUUUUGGAUGAACAACGCGCUGGGGAGUCGAGACCGCUGCCGCCUUCGGUGCCAGAGUGGGAGGGUUUUUUUUCACGUUGUGAUUGGAGUGAUUGCGAGCUCAACAACACGUGUGCAGGACCCUACAGUCAUCCUCAUCAGCAGCACAUUGAAUUGCUAGAGUUUUCAUGCUAUCUUCUUGAGCAGUACAGUUCACACCAGGCCGUGCUGGUUUGCACGGAGUCUAUCGAGUUGGCGGCGCGUGCGCUUGCUGUUGGUUUGCGUGUGUGUUCCAUGAUGUACUUGUGCCCGGUAGAUUGGGCACGAAUUUUGGAUGAGGAAGGAAAGAGCAAAUAG